AUGGGCUUCUGCUGUGGUUUUGAUAUUUACCCUCGGCUCGAGGUGACUCCUGAGAACAGGGAGGCCUACCAACAAUUCCUCGAUGAGAUUAUAGACAUCUACAAGGACACAUAUGAUCUAAGAGGAAGACGGGAUGACGGCAAAGUACUGGAGAUGCCAACAGAUUCUGACCAUCCCGAUCACUUCGACGAAGUCAACAUUUGCUUCAUGGUCGGCGAGUGUCCGCAUAUGCCCAGCAACCCCGAGCGAUGCGACUACUUUCUCCGCUUCAGCUCAAAGGUCAGUGGGCGCCUGACUGCCCCUGCUGAGCCGUACAUCAGAAGCGUGUACAAGAUUGCGAAGAAGCACUUUGGCAGCAAGGUUCAUUUUUGGGAUGAGCUGCGAGAGACGGAUGAUCAGCGGCAAUGGGGCUGGUAUGAUUGGCAGCAAGUCCACGAUGCAGAAAAAGAGCUCAGAGAGCUGGAAAGGGGAAAGGAGUCUCCCUGA